CACACACACACACACACACACACACAGAUCUCAGACAUAAGGUAAGGUGGAGUGCACUUGUUUUCAGGCGCUUGCUGAGCGACAGGACACGGAUCACACAAAAGAUGGAGUUUGCCUGCAGCUAUGUAGUAUGUAACUGGAGACCUGACAUCAGUAGAGAAACAUGCACCAGUGUCUCUCUCAGACAGUCUGUGUCUGAACAUCAGUUUAUCAACUCGGCGGCUGUCAACCAUCAAGCAGGCCCCAGUGUUGUCCCUCCUCCGUUGCCCCCGCGACGCCUGAAAGACCGCAAGCAGCCUCGCUCCAUCUCCUUCACCAUCCCCCCACCACUUCCUUCUGCACCUCCACCUCUCCCACCCAAGGGUGAGAGGGUUAGUAGCGAGAGCUGGCUGAAGGUGAAUAUAAACAUCCUCUCUGUCAGUGUUGGAAAACUAGUGGACAUUGACAGUGCCUCCAGCCACCUGAGCUUUGAGAGCCCAGUGAAUUGUGGGAGAUGUAGUGCUGCCAUGUCCUCUCUGAGCUCUGUACAUAAAAAUGCGUGGGUUUGUGAGUUUUGUGGAUGUCUGAACUCUCUCGGUGACCCAGAAGAGGCCCUCGGUCCGGACAGUGUGUAUGCGAACGCUAGUGGAGGGGGAUACCGGGUCCCGAUGGCCCUCGACAUCCUUCACCUGCCGUCUAAGACCGAGGAUGACUACCAGAACCUGGAGAACACACUGGUGGUCUUCUGUGUGGAUGUGUCUGGGAGCAUGAGUAUUACUGCAGAGGUACCACCAAGCAACAGUAGGAAAGCCCCAAAAUACGUAUCCAGACUAGAGGGCAUUCAGGACGCCCUGCAGAGGGCGCUGUCAUCUUUACUCCAGAGCUCACCUCACAGAAGAGUAGCUCUGGUGACUUUCAAUGACGAGGUGGUAGUGUAUGGCGAUGGGACCGGUACUCCUCUUCCUCUCAGGGACUGGGCCUUGGUGGACUACGAAUAUGUAUGGCAACAAGGGGUGACCUACAGCAACCCACAUUGUAUAGCGGAGAGCUUCCACCAGUUAUCACAGAGGGUCAGAGAGCUGGCUGAGCAGGGAGCCACCGCUCUUGGUCCUGCUGUGCUGGUCUCAGUUGCGAUGGCGUCCAGGUACCCCGGGUCAAAGGUCAUUUUGUGCACCGAUGGCAGAGCCAACAUUGGACUUGGCGAGCUGGAGCAAAGUCUCCAGUCUCCUUCCUCCUCGUUCACCACGCCAUAUUUUUACAGACAGCUGGCGGGCCAGGCAGCACAAAAUGAAGUGAUAAUAUCAGUGAUGUCCUUUGAGGGGACAGACUGUCAACUGGCUCAAGUGGGGAGACUGGCUGACGAAACUGGAGGCAGGGUCAACAUCAUCAAUAUCGGCACAGUGGCCACAGAGAUCCAGUCAGCUCUGUUGGACAAUGUCCUCGCAACAGGAGUUACUUUAACCCUUCUUGCCCCUGAUGGAGUGUACUUUCCUUAUGAGGAGGACAGCAACCACGUGCUGAUCAGAGAGAUAGGCAACGUGACAGAGGGGAUGGAGGUCACCUUCCAGUUUGCUGUCAGACCAGAGAGAAUGGAGGGUUUUCUGCAGAGAGAGAAGAUACCUUUCCAGCUCCAGUUAAGCUUCAAGACCAGAGACCUGCAGAGGGUCACACGCAUCAUCACUAAACAACGACGAGUCACAACCACCAAUAGGGUUAAGCCUGGCAGUCUGAACAUGUCGGUGUUGGCUGUCCACUGUGCUCAGCUGUGUGCGAGGCUAACAAUGGAGAACAGGGUAGACGAGGCACAGAGGCUACUUAGAGCACAGCAAGACCUGCUCCGGGACAUCAGGGGACUAAGCGUGGCCCAUGAGCAGGAAAGUAUUUACAGUAACUGGAUGGAGUCCAUGACAACCAUCUGUGACAACCUCUCCGCAGAGUCUCCGGCCCUGUCAGAUGAGGCAGCAAAAGUAGUUUACCAGAUGAAGAGAGCCAGAAGUGUGUGCAACACCAAAUCCAGGAAAUGAGCGGCAGCUUGAAACAGGAAGCCACAGAUGGAAAGCAGAUAGUGUGCAAGAGUUCACCAUUGUAAUCUUACAGUCCAUAGGCCUGCUACCCAAAUGACUCCAGGGCCUCCUUUACACCGGGUCAACCCACACCUCAUAUCUGGAUUUGUGUCUAGAUAUGAUUCAACCUGGGUUAUAGUUACACCUACCAUCGCCCACAUCGAGAUACGACUGCGCUUUGCUGCAGAAAACGCAGGAAGCCGCAUGCGUUUUCCUACCUCACAAGCAUAUAUGUAAAGAAAACCCGUGUCUACGGGGCA